AUGACUCAAACGAAUGCAAUAACAAAGAAACAAGCACUAUUUGACAUGGGGUCACAAUUACCUUUUAUAUCAAAGGAAUUAGUUCAGCGACUAGAUUUAACAGAGACUGAUGAACAAGAACUAAAAUUAGCUCCUUUAUUAGAAACUCUAAAUCACACACAGCCACCCGCAGCUCAGUAUACGAAUUAA